CGAGGCGGCCGGUCCUCCCUCUCCCCUCGCAGUGGGGCGGGAGGAGGACUCGGGCGAGGGCGGUGGGAAGUUCCCCGAGGCCUUUUAUGCCUCCUCUGGGGGUCUCGCCCCGCGCCGGGUGCUUUCCCUGGGUGGGGGAAUUGGAACCCCCACCCUAGAGACGAUUUGCCCCCGCCUUCCAGGAAGGGGAAGGCCGGAGCCCCUCUCCGCCCAGCCUGGGGCGGCAGAGCAGGAGGAGGAGGAGGAGGAGGAGGAGGAGGAGGGGGGACCCGACACACCGCCGGGAGCCGAAGGGGUUAAAGGCACAACGUUUUGUUGCCCCUCCCCGCAGCCACCUUAGCCAUGGCCGCCCAUGACCGUAUGUUCAAGGUGCUGGUGGUGGGGGAUGCCGCCGUGGGCAAGACCUCCCUGGUGCAGCGCUACUCCCAGGACAGCUUCAGCAAACACUACAAAUCCACCGUGGGAGUGGACUUUGCUCUGAAAGUGCUCCAGUGGUCCGACUCGGAGAUGGUGCGCCUCCAGCUCUGGGAUAUUGCAGGGCAGGAGCGCUUCACCUCCAUGACACGGCUGUACUACCGGGAGGCCUCGGCCUGUGUCAUUAUGUUCGACGUCACCAAUGCCACCACAUUCAGCAAUAGCCAACGGUGGAAACAAGACUUGGACAGCAAGCUCACUCUGCCCAAUGGGGAACCCGUGCCCUGCCUGUUGCUGGCCAACAAGUGUGACCUGACCCCAUGGGCAGUGACCAGAGACCAAAUUGACCGGUUCAGCAAGGAGAACGGCUUCACGGGCUGGACGGAGACAUCGGUCAAAGAGAACAAGAACAUAAACGAGGCCAUGAGAGUCCUCGUCGAAAAGAUGAUGAUGAAUUCAGAAGAUGGGCUUGGCAGUCUGCCCAGCCAAGGGGACUACAUCAACCUGCAGGCCAGGCCCACGCCAGGCUGGACAUGCUGUUAGCGGUGACCGGCUGCGGUCACCCCACAUCUCGGGACCUCCCUACACUGCCCUUUUCCAGUUUUCCCUGCCUUCCCUUCUCCUAACCGAUCCAGAAGCCCGAUGAAGUUCUCCCAAUCCAUCAUCACCUGCUCAGAAGAUCCCAGCCUGUUCUCCCUAAAGCUCUUCCAUCUGCCUCUCAGGGAACGAUCCUUUAUCUCUCAGCUCUGAAAACAGGAGCCCUAGUUACGCGUCUCCUUCUUGAGGGCGUAUGCUCUGUGCUGCAGCAUCGCUGAAGGUAGCAUUUCUGAGGCACUAGCCUUGGAAGGAAGACCAUUUUUCUUUUUUCUUUUUUGAGACUCUUCCUCAAGAUGCGCUGCUGGGUUUAUUUUAAAAGGUGGGUGGGGAGCUGAGGAGAAAUGGAAACCAUUUCACUCAUUUUCUUUCCCCCCCUCGAACGCUGCCUGAUCAGAAGGCUUUGGACUCAUUUGAAGUGACAUGAGUUCGCCCGAAAGAGCAAUAAUCAAACCAUUAUUCUUCAAACGUCUCUGUCCAGAUUGCUCUGUCGUAGACUCCGGAUCUACCGUCAUCCACCUGGCUUUGGAAGGACUAGAUCUGGAGUUGCAUCUUCUAAUGAUAUAGCCAGGCAGCCUUGUAGUGUAGCAGAAACCUGGGACCAGCUACUGACCAAAGUCUUAAUGAUUUCCCGUCCUCUCUCCCCUUCCAUCCUUUCCCCCACCCUACCCCCACCCCCGGUCCCUUUCUUCUCCCUUCUUGCUCUUUCCCUGUCUCUACCCGCUCAAGAAUGGCUGAACGUUUUAAUCAGUCCCCCUGAAGGGUCCAGCAUUUGCAGUUAGAAGAUAUCUGUAUUUUCUUUCUCAUGCAUGGGCUGGGGCAUGAUUUAGAGUUCUUGCCAGUUUUAUGUAUUACCUCAUCGGCUGUGCUCAUGAGUAUAGUGUAUGGCUCAAGCUUUUGGGGUUUGUGGGGAUCUUGACAUGUAUCUCUGCAAAUAGCAUAUGGGGGCGGGUCACCUUGAAGGGUCUGAGCUUGUCAGCCUGCGUGAAUACCCCAGGGGACAGUGGAAGAGUAAUAACCUCCCAGAAGAUACAGCCGUUCUCACAAACUGUGCCUUUAGGGAAAAAAAAAUCCACUUGGUAAUUUACGUGCAGGUUCAGUCCUGGACUUUUACAGGCCUCGACUUUUAACUUGGCUUCCAGGCUCGAAUAUUAGGCCCAUAGUAUACACCCCUGCAUUCUGCACUGAUCCUAACAAGCACACCGGAAUACUCCAAGCUACUGGGAGAUGCUUUAUAGGAGGCACUUCGUGUGAGGGUAUGCGUGGUGUUUUUGCUCUUCCUUGGAUGCAGCCCCUUGUUUCCACCCCUGCUUCUGUACCGUGAGUCUGAAGGAGGAGGCGAGUUGGGGUGCCAGCCUGAAAGCUCCUUCCGGCUUCAGUCCUAGUGGCCUGAGGAAGAGUUUAGCACAUUGCAAAAGAUGUGCUAGCUAAAAUGGUUCCCUUUAACGGGUCUGAGCCACCCAGGCCUCGGCGGGAGACGGUCUUUUUUUGUCAAAUAGAGGGAAUAUGGCAAAUUGUGGCCACAUGUGGUUCCCCCUGGAGGGGCAGUGACCCAAACAAACAUUUGGCUUGGAAGAGGCCAUUACUCUAUGAUGAGAAAGCUGAAGUGGGAAUGCCAUUUGAAAUGACCAGAUUCCAUGGGCAAGACUGAACUGCUUGGUUUUCCAGGCAAAUGAUGCAGUGGGUCAGUUUUGAAGCAGUGGAAGAUUCUUGGGAAUUGACCUUUCUGAGAAGUAGGCUCGGAAGACCUCCGAGGAAUAACAUCGAUGGUCGCACGGGCAAGGUCUUUGGCAGCUCCAGCCAAUUCCUCAUCCCCAUCUUCCCCAAGAUGCUGAUCCUCUUUUCUUUUUUCCAGGCCAAGAAGGCCAGCCUAGAGAAAUCAGUCAAUCAGUGGUAUUUAUUGAGCGCUUUCUGUGUAUUGAGCACUGUACUCAGGGCUUGGGAGCGUACAAUACCACAGAGUUGGUAGAGACAUUUCCUGCCCACAAUCUUGUAGGGGAAAGGCUUACAACAGGGAAGCCUUUCGUUGUUAUCGCGUCACCUUGCUUCAUGUGGUUCUCGGCUUUGGUUUUUUUGCCCCUGUAUCGGGUCUGAAGAGCGAGGCGGUGGCUCAGGUGACCUCUGUAUUAACAGUGGGCAUUGCCCAACAAAUUCAAGUGGAAUUCUGUUCAGAGGCGGGGGAUGGGGCUACUCUUUGGGGAAAUCCACCUUUAAAACCAACUGUGUACUUUGAGUUCUUGCAGUCACUCAACCCCUCUUUUGGCCUUGGCCUUGUUCCUCUGAGCAGUGAACCUCUCCCCACCCUGAGGCAUACUUGGAUGUGUCCUCUUUCCGUGGAAUUCUGGUUUCUCUUCGGGCUCCUGGGAGGACACUGUGCCCUGUCCUCUCCACUCAGGUUCAAACCCUCCCAGCCUUGGGAAUCCGCCUUUGAGAUCCAGUUGUCGACUCAGAGGGUAGCAGCUGGAAGCUCGAUGACUCACCGGAGGAGCGUGGAUGCCAUGAGAAACAGAAAGCAGGCACCAGAGAAAGAAAAAAGGUCAAAUUGUGGAGAGCUUUUUUUCUUUUAAUCCCUAAAUACAACUUUUGCACAGUCCUAUGAGACUUUUUAAGCCUUUUUUUUUUAUUGUAAUAAACAAGAUUUGGGUUGUAGUGAUUCUUAGGUAAACAGCUUCAUGGUAAAGGUACUCUCUGUGAAAAUCACAAGUGGGAAAUAAAAAGUCCGGUAUUCGUUUCAAA